GCUGGCCUUUCUCGCACGAUGAUGGCCCAUGAGGACGUUGGCGCGUAUUACAAGGACAUCAUGUACCUCCUCGAGUUCCCAAAGACGGCGUCCAUGACACGCGUCUUCACGGCCAAGGACGAAGCGGCUAUCCGCGCGCUGCCUGCCUGGGACCUCUCGCGCUACCACCAGCCACGCACCACGACCAUCGUCGCCGCCGCCGACCUGGCGUUCGACACAACCGCCUUUGAUACGUUUGUCAAUACGACGCUUGUCAAGCGUGUCAAGACAGCGCUAGCACCCGAAGGUCCGUUCCACGCUGCGCUUGCCCACAUUGCGUUCGACUCUGUCGGCGACGCGCAGUCGUUUGGGGCUGCGCACCGGCCACCGGGCACGUUUGGCACAUUAUACGUCGCGCUACCGCGUCAUGUGCGUGGCGGUGAGGUCGAGUUCAGUCGCGGUUACGACCAUAACAAGUGGCUGCAGCCUCGACGCGCAGAUGCACCGCAGCACUCGUACGCUGCGUGCUACCGCAACUCGCACGUCACGGCGGCUGCCAUCACCGAGGGCGACCGCGUCCUCCUCGUGUAUAACCUCGUGUACACCGACUCGUCGGCGCACACCCGCGACUACCCUGCGUCCAUUGACGAGGCUGCAACGCACCUUCGCAAGCUUGGCGCCAAGGACCAUGGCAUCUUUGAGGUACUGCAAGGCUGCCCUGUCCAGCAGGGCACCUCGUUCGAGACGCUCUCGGGGCUACCCAAAGACCUUUUGACCGCCUUGCUACGGUCCCGUGUCUAUGAUGUGGCACUGGCAACGCUCCCGCCUCCUUGA